CGCGGUUUCUGCCGACUCUCCGUUUUCUUCCGUAGGCAAUCCGUGCGGUCACGCGUUCGAACCUAACUAUGCCCUCUCACAUUUAUUUACAAUGAUACUGCGUCGAGCUUCUAAUAUAUCAUGUGCAGGCCCAAAAAUUGUGAGUCAAUGAUCAGCAUGUAAGCAAGGCUUCUGCCGACGUAGUCGGCGCUCUAGUCCAAGAUCGGCCGAGACAAAGCAAGUCGAUGGCUUUGAAGCGAUCACAUCAAUGAUCACACCCUAAAACAGCAUCCUGACAAUCUACCAUCUUUGCAAUCUCGGGUUCCUGAUCCCAUCCCAGCCGACACACGCGUGCGCGCUGCUCAGACUAGUGGGCGUGCAAAGCGUAGACAACGACUCUUCGCACCAGCGCACACCACGUCCGCUGCACAACCCGCGAUGGAUAACAACUCCUCGCGACACCGACCCUGAAAUUGACCCCGAAACGAGACUGAGCGGAUGCGUCAAUCACCCAUCCAUCCAUCCCAGGACUUCCCCCUGAUCUGACCACGUCGCGCAGGGUCUUCGCACCCACGCAUGGGGCCACAGGGCUGUUCCCGCAUCCCCUGUCCCUCCCUUGUCUCCGUCUCCCCCACCUCCUCUCCGCCCCAGCGCCGCACGGGCCCAUGGCGCACCCUUACAGCGGCUCCGCAGGGUACAUCCAUGCGAACGAGUACCCCUUCACGCCGAUACAGGAGCGGUUCAGCGGCGGACUGCGGAGCCAGGCAUCGACCGACUCACUCUACCGGCGCAACACGACGUGGUCCGCCGACAGCCACACCCUCGCCUGGACCGGCACGCAUACCCAAUCAGGCACCACCCACACGCAGUCCUCCUCCUCCGACGUCGAUGCGCCGCCCGGCCCCCGCCAGCCCCCGAAGACGACGACGAAAGUGACGCUCGUGCCGGCAUCGGCGAAGCGGAGCGUGCCCACGCGCAAUGGGCUGCACCCGUAUGCGCACCAGGGCCUCAAGUCGUGGAUCGACACGGACGAGGACGACGAGCGGGAUGUACGGGAGCAGGUCGCUCGAGGCGCUGGGAACCAAAACGAUGCGUCUGCACCCGGGCAUCAGGCCCGAAUCGCGACGACGGGCCCCAGAACGAAGAAGGGCGGCAGAGUCCCAUGGCGUUCUCUCGGCAUCCCCUCGGCCGCCGCCGCUCCGCCUCGCAGACCAGUGGCUGUCCAGACACCUGACGAUCGGUGGCUCAUAGGCGUCCCAUACGAUGCACGGACGCCGGACCUGGAGAAGGAGGAAGAGAAGCGGCUUGUGCGCCGAGCCGCAUCAUGGAAGAGGAAGGUCCAGGUAUGUGUCAAUAGCGCUGAUGAGUGCGGGGCAGCUGACGGGAUAUGGAUCCUCAGCGACGUGUCAAAAAAGCCCUGCGGCGACUGCGACGACUUUUGUGAGCCCAUACCCGAACCGCACAUUCGAUACCCCAAUCUCUGAAACGACCAGAUAGCUAGCCAGCUAUUUAUGUAUAUAUAUAUACCUACCUGUGUGUAUCGUACCACAAUCGACUUUCAUUCUGCAAACUCACCAAUAUUCACGGAGGACCAGUU